GUACCUGUACAGAAUUUAUGGGUUGGCAGUCCUGUCACUGGUGGAGAUAUUUAUGGAAUUGUCAAUGAGAACUCACUCAUCAAACACAAAAUCAUGCUACCUCCACGAAACCGAGCCACUGUAACUUACAUUGCUCCCCCUGGGAAUUAUGAUGCCUCUGAUGUAGUCUUGGAGGUUGAAUUUGAAGGUGUAAAGGAGAAGUUCAGCAUGGUCCAAGUCUGGCCCAUCCAUCAGAUCCAGCCUGUCACACAGAAGCUGCCAGCCAAUCACCAUUUGCUGACUGGCCAGUGAGUCUUGGAUGCUUUUUUUAUAUGUGUACAGGGAGGGACAACUGCUAUCCCUAGGGCUCCUGGCUGUGGAAAGACAGUAAUAUUACAGUCUCUGUCCAAGUAUUCUAACAGUGAUGUGAUCAUCAACGCAGGGUGCGGUGAAAGAGGAAAUGAGUUGUCUGAAGUUCUCCAUGACUUCCCAGAGCUCACUAUGGAAGUUGAUGGUAAGGUGGAGUCAAUUAUGAAGAGGACAGCUUUGGUGGUCAAUGCUUAUACUGGAAUUACACCGUCAGAUUUCUGUGACAUGGGUUACCAUGUCAGUAUGAUGGCUGACUCUACCUCUAGAUGGGCUGAGGCCCUUAGGAAGAUUUCUGUUCACUUAGCUGAAAUGCCUGCAGAUAGUGGAUAUCCUGCAUAUCUUGGUGCCUGUCUGGCCUCUUUCUAUGAGCAAGCAGGCAAAGUGAAAUGUCUUGGAAAUCCUGAAAGAGAAGGCAGUGUCAGCAUUGUAGGAGGUUCUCCACUUGGUGGCGAUUUUUCUGAUUCAGUUACAUCUGCUACUUUUUGUAUUGUUCAGGUGUUCUGGGGCUUAGAUAAGAAACUGGCUCAAUGCAAGCACUUGCCCUUGUUCAGCUGGCUCAUCAGCUAUAUCAAAUACAUACAGGCCUUAGAUGAGUACUAUGACAAACACUUCACAGAAUUUGUUCCUCUGAGGACCAAAGUUAAGGAAAUUCUUCAGGAAAAAGACCUGGUAGAAAUUGUACAGCUUGUGGGAAAGGCUUCAUCAACAGAAACAUAAAAUCAUUCUGGAAGUAGCAACACUUAUCAAAAUGACUUCCUGCAGCAAAAUGGAUAUACUCCUUGUGACACGUUCUGCCCAUUCUACAAGACAGUAGAGAUGCUGUCCAAUAUGAUUGCCUUUUAUGAUAUGGCUCAUAAAGCUGUUGAGACCACUGCCUAGAGUGAGAGUAAAAUCACAUGGUCCAUUAUCCUUGAACACAUGGAGGAGGUCCUCUAUAAACUUUCCUCCAUGAAAUUCAAUGAUCCAGUGAAAGAUGGUAAGGCAAAGCUGACUGUGCACAGAUGCUUUGCUUCUUUAUUGUAUCUAAGUUGGAAUUUACCCUUGACAAACAAGAAAAUGAUGAGUGAUGCAAGUGACAUGUUGGCUGCAGCGCUGGAACAGAUGGAUGGUAUUAUAGCAGGUUCUAAGGCCCUGGAAUAUUCCAAUGGAAUUUUUGAUUGUCAGUCUCCUACCUCUCCAUUCAUGGGAAGCUUGCGAGCUCUGCACCUUGUGGAAGAUCUGCGUGGAUUAUUAGAUAUGAUGGAAACAGAUGAAAAAGAAGGCUUGAGAUGCCAGAUCCCAGAUUCAACAGCAGAGACAAUUAUUGAAUGGCUUCAGAAUCAAAUGGUGAUCUUGGAAAAAGAAGGGCCCCGUUCCUUGUUUAGAGGAUUAGGCCUCAAUAUAGUGGGGAUGGCCCCUUCCAGAGCACUAUACUUUGCUGCUUACUCCCAUUUCAAGGAAAAGUUGAAUGGUAUAUUUGAUCCUGAUUCUACCCAGGUUCACAUGAUUUCAGCUGCAAUGGCAGAUUUUACUGAAAUCACUGCAACCAACCCCAUUUGGCUUAUGAAGACUCGAGUACUGCUUGAUGCAAGGAACCAUGGGGAAAAGCAAAUGGGUGCUUUUGAAUGUGUCCAUAAAGUGUAUCAGGCAGAUGGACUUAAAGGAUUUUACAGGGGCAUGUCUGCGUCCUAUGCUGGCAUAUCAGAGACUUAUCCAUUUUGUUAUUUAUGA